CAAGGUGGCAUGAUGUACUGUGGUGGGUGUAAGAAUUCUUGGCAUGAAGGAAUUGUGAGGUAUAGGUUGAUUGUCCGUGUGGCGGACCACACUGGAGAUGCCCCUAAGCUGAUAUGGGAUCGUGAAUGUGCAGAUUUGGUUGGUAUGUCAGCGGCUGAGUUAAAGGCUAAGUACCCUGAGGGAAAUAAUUGUAUUCCACCUGAACUUGGUCGCUUGCGUGGGAUGUCUAUGGUUUUCCGUAUUGUUAUGAAGAAGGAACAGGUGGAGAGCUACUAUUCUGCCUUUACGGUUCUAAGGAUUUGCAGGGAUGAGCCAUUAGUUACACAACACUGCUCAGGUUUUCUAGGUGCCCCUUCUGCUGAAAUGGUUCCAGGUCAUGUCGGAGGUUCUUUGGAUGUUGGAUGUAACUCUGAGGUAUACUUAUUAUUCUAUUUUUGGGUUUAUAAGUGGUUCUAAGUAGGUUAUUGACUGGUCAGAACUA